UCGGCGCCAUAUUUAAUACGUCACAAGCUAGCUAGCAUUAGCUGUUUACAAGUCCAAACUUUUAACUUGAGACGGAAACCUAAAGCCAGGCCUCAACAUAAUCGUAAAAUGAAUGUAAUAGAUCAUGUACGGGACAUGGCCGCCGCUGGCCUUCACUCUAAUGUCCGGAUAUUGAGCAGUUUGUUGCUGACGAUGAGUAAUAACAACCCAGAGCUUUUCUCACCGGCCCAGAAGUACCAGUUGUUGGUUUACCACGCCGAUGCCAUCUUCCAUGAUAAGGAGUACCGUAAUGCUGCCUGCAAGUACAGCAUGGCACUGCAACAGAAGAAGGUACUCAGCAAAACAUCUAAAGUUCGUACUUCUGCUGGUGGAGCUGCAUCUAACUUACAGGCACAGAGUUUGCCCUCAGAAAUUGAGGUUAAGUACAAGAUCGCUGAAUGCUACACCAUCUUGAAGCUGGACAAAGAUGCCAUUGCCGUGCUCGAUGGGAUCCCCUCCAGACAGAGGACUCCAAAGAUCAACAUGAUGCUGGCUAACCUGUACAGGAAAGCCGGUCAGGAGCGUUCUGCAGUGACGAGCUACAAAGAGGUCCUCAGACAGUGUCCCGUCGCCCUGGAUGCAAUCAUUGGUCUUCUCUCUUUAUCAGUGAAAGGAGCUGAAGUGGCGUCCAUGACUAUGGAUGUGAUCCAGAGUAUCCCCAACCUGGACUGGCUCUCUGUGUGGAUCAAAGCGUAUGCCUUCAUACAUGCGGGGGACAAUCAAAGAGCCAUCAACACUAUUUGCUCUCUGGAGAAGAAGUCUCUGUUGCGGGACAACGUGGAUCUCCUGGUGAGCCUGGCAGAUGUCUACUUCAGGGCAGGGGACACCAAGAACGCCAUCCUCAAAUUUGAACAAGCCCAGAUGCUAGACCCAUACCUCAUCAAAGGAAUGGAUGUUUAUGGCUACCUGAUGGCCCGCGAAGGACACUUGGAGGAUGUUGAAGUCCUGGGAGGAAGGUUAUUUAAUAUCUCAGACCAGCACGCAGAACCCUGGGUGAUCUCUGGUUGUCACAGCUUUUAUAGCAAGCGUUACUCCAGAGCCCUGUACCUGGGAGCGAAGGCUAUCCAGCUGAACAGCAACAGCGUGCAGGCUCUCCUCCUGAAGGGGGCGGCGCUGAGAAACAUGGGUCGCGUUCAAGAAGCCAUCAUCCACUUCAGGGAGGCCAUGCGCUUGGCUCCCUGCAGACUCGACUGCUAUGAAGGUCUGAUCGACUGUUACCUGGCAUCCAAUGGGAUCCGAGAGGCUAUGGGGAUGGCCAAUAACAUCUAUAAGACUCUGGGGGCCAACGCACAAACUCUGACCAUCCUCGCCACGGUGUGCCUGGAAGACCCGGUGACUCAGGAGAAAGCCAAAACCCUGCUGGACAAAGCUCUGGCCCAGAGACCCGACUACACCAAGGCUGUGGUCAAGAAGGCCGAACUGCUCAGUCGGGAACAGAAAUAUGAAGAAGGGAUCGCUCUCCUCAGGAACGCCCUGGCCAAUCAGAGCGAUUGUGUCCUGCACAGAAUGCUGGGAGAUUUCCUAGUGGCCGUCAACGAUUACCAAGAAGCCAUGGAUCAGUACAGCAUAGCGCUAAGCCUGGAUCCCAAUGACCAGAAGUCUUUAGAAGGCAUGCAGAAGAUGGAGAAGGAGGAGAGUCCUACCGAUGCCACGGUGGAGCUGGACGGUGACGACAUGGAGGGCAGCGGAGAGGACGGGGAUCUGGAGGGCAGCGAUAGCGAAGCAGCCCAGUGGGCUGAUCAGGAACAGUGGUUUGGGAUGCAGUGACCUCGGCCACCGGAGGACACACAGUCCCCCCCACACACACACACACACACACACACACACACACACACACACACACUGCAGUCCGCCGGAAGCUUUUGGCCAUCGAAGGUCGUCAAACAGCACAACGUGGCCACUGAUGUUAUUUUUUUCCCCAACAUUCUGACAACCUUAUUAAUCACUUCACCCUAAAGCUAUGUGAGCCUCGUUAGCUCGUCCAUACGGAUACCGAUUCAGCCUUACAGCAGCAGACAUUGGACCCCAGAGAACAUGGAGAUUUGCUGUUCAACACCUUGAUUUCUCAAUAUUUGUAAAAUAUGAAGUCCUAUCGCUGACUCUACUUCAACCUAUUUCUUCAGCACUUCUUUGCUGGCAGUGUGAAUAAAUGCAUCACUGUCCCAAAUAGUGCAAAUUACAACUUCAAGUUAAAUAUACUCAUUAAAAAGUAUCGGUGUCUUAAAAAAAAGACCUGCAUUGGAUUUGGGGUUGAGUUCAGUAUACUGGAGGACUGUUUCCGGGUAGUACUGGGAGAUUUAGACGGAAGUAAUUGUCAGAGUGAAUUGGUGUGAUGGGGGAUUUUGGCUGGAGUUAUCCUUCACAUGUCUUACAGGAGAGACUGGCAACGAUUUUUUUUUUAAUUAAGUGUUUAGUUUGAGCCUAACGGACACUUGUUUGCUGCAGAUCACACUGAAGGUUGUCAGUUUGCCACAACUUUACGUCUGACGGGCAAACAGGAGGUCUGUGAUAAAAAGUGACUAUGUAUCAUAUUUCCUGCUGCUCUUUAAAAUAUAUAAUCUACAUUUGAAUUUUGUCACAAGAAUGCAUCAUGUAAUGUACAGGCUUUAUUAUUUUCGUGUGUGUCGUCUGAGUCUGCCUUUGUGUCAAAAAACAAAUAACCCUACAACUGACUCGUGUUUCUUAACUACUUCAAGAUAAAUGUCUAUAGUAUUUUGUACAUAUUUUUAAAGUGUAUAAUAAAAUAAUGAAACACUCA